AUGAUCGCCACCUUGGUACUGCCCUUUGUCUUCAACCUGUAUUUCCGCAAACUCCUCGAUGUGUUCGAGAUUAUCGGAGGGGUCUUGCAUCUUGCCCUGUUCGUCGCCUUUAUCUCAGUCCUCGUCGCCUUCGGUCAACGCAGUAGCCCCGACUACGUCUUCAGGACACUGACGUCGGACGUGUCGGGGUGGAACAAUCCUGGGGCGUCAUGGGGUUUGGGGCUAUUGACAGUGACAUUCUCCGUGACGGGCUUCGACAGUGUCAUUCACAUGAGCGACGAAGUGAAAAAAGCCCAGACCCGCGUGCCGCGUAGCGUCAUUCUUGCAUGCACCGUCAACUCGGUCAUGCUCUUUGUCUUCGUCACUAUCCUCUUGUUCUAUAUCGGCCCGCUGGAGGACCUUUCCACCGCACCGCUUCCCCUCAUCUAUGUAUUGUACAAUGCGACCGGAUCAAAGGCGGCCACGAAUGCCUUGAUAUCGCUCAUCGCGCUCAUCAUGUUCUUCGCCCUAUUCAAUAUGCUGGCUUCCGUCUCCCGCCUCGUCUGGAUUUUUGCGCGCGAUAACGGGUUGCCUUUCUCUCCCUUCUUUUCAUCUGUCAACCCAACCUUUAGGCUCCCAGUAAACGCCCUCUUACUCAUCGCAACAGUUGUAACCUGCCUAUCUCUUAUAUAUAUCGCCUCCGCCACUGCGUUCAACGCCCUCAUCUCCCUACAGGCCCUCGCUCUCCACAUCUCGUACUUCUUCCCUAUACUAUUCUUGCUGCUGCGGAAGCUCCGCGGCCCGCCUCCACCCUACAGGUCUUUCAAGAUGGGUGCCCCAGGAAUUCCGGUCAACAUUUUUGCCUUGUUUUAUCUUAUUUACGUGGUGCUUUGGAUGCCGUUCCCGCAGGUUCUGCCGGUAACCAAAGACAACAUGAACUAUGCUGGCCCGAUAUUCGGGGCAGUGUUGGCCGGCGCUUUGAUGGAUUGGUUUGUGAGUGGGAGGAAGAGGUUCCAAAUGCCCGUGGAUAAAUAUCAGUAA